AUGUUUUACUAGAUAUUUGCUGAUAUCAUCAAAAUUUUGGAAUAUGUUGGCAUAAAGUUGUUUAUUAUAGUCUCUUAUUAUGCUUUCAAUGUCUGUAACAUCUCUACUUAUAUUCCUCUUUUGUUCUUGAUAUUAGUUCUAUGUGCCAUCUCUCUGUUUUUUGCUUGAUUCAUUUCAUCAGAGGCUUAUCAGUUUUAUUUGUCUUUUCAAAGAACAGCCUUUGUUUCUGUAGAUUCUCUAUAGUUUAUUUUUGUUUCUCUUUCAUUAAUAGAAAAUGUUUUUGUUUUGUGGCUGUGUUUACUACUUUUAAAGAUGGACACUUAGCUCAUUAAGUUUUAGAUUAAUUUUAAGCCUUUUUUCUUUCUCUAAUAUAAGCAGUUAGACUAUAUAUUUUCCUCUACUGCUUUCACUUCAUCCUAUUGGAUUUGGUAUAAAAUAUUUUAUAACUCAGCUUAAAAUGUUUUCUUAUUUCCAUUGUGAUUUCAUCUUUGACCCAAGAGUUAUUUAAAAGUGUGUUACCUAAUUUCCAAACAUACGAAGAUUUUAUAGUUACAUUUUGGUUAGUGGUUAUACCUUAAUUGCUUUGGGCCUGGAAUAUGGUUUGCAUGGUAGCAAUCUUUUGAAAUUUGUUAAGAUUUGCUCUAUAAUACAGGAUAUGGUAAAGUUUUGUAAUGCUCUAUAAAUACUUGAGUGUUCUGCAUAUAUUGGGGACAGGGAUCUAUAUAAUUCAAUUUGAUUAAUCAUGUUUUUAAACCUUCAUUAUGCUGACUGCUAUUUUGUUGGUUUGUUCUAUUGUUCACUGAAGGAAAUGUUUCACUCUCCGACUAUUUCCACAAGUAUACAGAAUGUCCCUAUUUCUUUUGUAGUUCUGCCAGUUUUUUUCUUUUUAUGUUUUUAGGCAUUUUGAAGUCCCUGUGGGCUAGUAGAAGCAACAAUUUAUUGCCAUAUAAUACUUAGUACCUUUGUUUUCCUUUCACUACAAAACUCUAUUUAAAUUCUUUUCCAUUUCUCUCUUGAAGGGGCUUCCUGACAUCAGAGGAGAACCCGUGGUGAAAUUUUAAACAGAGUCAGUCAUAACAAGGGAAGUUGGUGGGAGAUGAAGUGAGAUUAGGACCAAUAGAUUUAGAGCCUUUGUCAAGUCUACUUAAGUGCCACUUAAAUUUGGUUUGACCAAAUGAAUAGAGGUGGUAGUUAAUUUUCAAAAUUUGUACAUUCUUUUAGAAAUCUAUUUUUUAAAGAUUUAUUUAUUUGAGAGAGAAAGAGAGAGAGCGUGUGUGAGCAGGGGGAGGAGCAGAGGGAGAGGGAAAGCAGACUCUCUGAUGAGUGCCGAGCCAGAUGCAGGGCUUGAUCUCAUGCCCCUGAGAUCAUGAGCUGAACUGAAAACAAGAGUCUGACACUUAACUGACUGAGCCACUCAGGCGCUCCUAUAUUCUUUUAAAUAGACAGUAUGGUGGCUUUGUAUUGUGUCAGCUUGCCUAGAUUGAGUUACAUGCUCUAGAAUUCCUUUUUCUCUAUGUUUCCAACUAGAAUACAUUGUAAAGGAUAUUCUUUUGCAAUAUUUCUAGGUUAAAGUGGAACAGCGGCCAUAUUUAUAGCUCAUACACGUUGUCAUUUCUCUGCUGGCUUAUCUCAUUGGGGUGAGGCAGUGGCCGGGACCACAACUGCCACACCCUCUUUGGGAUCCUUCUUGAGCUUCUCUGACUUGUGGGCCCGCUGUGUGUUUAGCUCUGUGGUGGAGGGCCCUGGCUUCUGCAGUACAUCUAUACCAUUGAGGUUAGAGGCAAUGAACACUGACACUAAUUUUCGUCUGUCCUUGAGGACUUUAGCUUUUGCUUGUGUGUUCCAGUUUAUUUUUGUAUUCCUUCAAUUUACAUCCAUCUUCCCUUCCUGGGGGCCUGUCCUGUGGACGUCAAGCUACGUCAUCAGAUGCAAAGACAAUAGACUUACAGAAACUGCUGAAUCAGCUCCCAUGAUUAUGCAAGGUCAAAUCACUAAGAAAUACCUUAGUAUAUUAUCUCCUAGUGGUCUGCUUCUCUAAUGGAACCUUGAUGGAUAUGGCCAGUAAUCCCAAUUUGUUAUUUUUUUCCUGUUCUUUCAGGCAAAUUUGGAGCCCAAAGUGACUGAAACCAUGGGGGUAGGAAAUAAUUCGGUGGUGUCUGAGAUUGUGUUGGUGGGACUCACCAGUUCUUUGGAGAUGCAGCUUGUCCUAUUUCUAGUUUUCUCUGUGUUCUAUGUAACAAGUAUUUUAGGAAACCUCCUCAUUGUGCUCACAGUGAUCUCUGACUCCCAUUUACACUGCCCCCUGUACUUCCUGCUGGCCAACCUCUCCUUUAUUGACAUGUGGGUUCCCUCCAUUGCAGCUCCCAAGAUGAUUUCUGAUCUUUUCAAGGAGAGAAAAGUAAUCUCUUUCCAAGGCUGCAUUGCUCAGAUGUUCUUCAUUCAUCUUAUUGGAGGAACUGAGAUGGUUCUGCUCAUUGCCAUGGCCCUUGACCGUUAUGUUGCUAUAUGCAGGCCUCUCCACUACCUGACCAUCAUGAACUUCAGAACUUGUAUUUUACUCUUGGUGGUAGCCUGGACCAUUGGAAUCAUCCACUCAUUGAUCCAACUUGUAUUUGUUGUAAACCUGCCAUUUUGUGGCCCCAAUGAAGUGGACAGCUUUUACUGUGAUCUUCCUCGAUUUAUUAGGCUUGCCUGCACAGACACUUACAGAUUGGAGCUCAUGGUCACUGCCAAUAGUGGUUUCAUCUCUCUGGGAACUUUUUUCAUUUUGGUUAUUUCCUAUAUCUUCAUCUUGGUCAUUGUUUGGCAACGUUCUUCAGGUGGCUUGUUCAAGGCUCUCUCUACUCUGUCAGCUCACAUCACAGUUGUGGUCUUAUUUUUUGGUCCAUGUAUUUUCAUAUACUCAUGGCCAUUUCCCACAGUGCCGGUGGAUAAGUUCCUUGCCAUUUUUGAUGUAAUUAUUACCCCAUUUCUGAACCCUGCCAUCUACACUUUUAGGAAUAAAGAGAUGAAAGUGGCAAUGAGGAGGAUAUUCAGUCAGGUGUUGAGCUCCAGGAAGCUGUUUUAAGUGAUUUUGAUAUCAAGAAAGACAAGCAUCUCUAACAUUCCCUGACUGUGCUGCAGACAUGAAUCCAGCGAAACACAGCACCAUGGAUGCUCUACUUACUAGUUUAAUUAUUAAUUCCAGGAUUUUCUUAAUGAGUUUUCUGCCCAUAGUCAAGGAGGAUAUGGUAUUCUUUCCUAUGUAAUGUGAUAGAAUAAGAAGUAUUAAUAUACAAUUGUUUCCACAUUUUCUCACUUCUCCUUGAUGAGGAUUUUGGACAGGACUUUCUCUUUUCCUACUCUGUGUUCUGAGGAGAAUCCUCCCUUGUCAGAUUUAUUUUUGGGGUUUGUAAUGCAGAAUCUGAAGAAAAGUGCUUUGGAAAUAUUAAAAAAUUACCAUUAUUAGAGAUAGUGUUUUUUUUUCUUUAGAGGUUCUACAUUGAGAUGUGUGGGGGUAGCC